AUUAAAAGCAAUGCUGCCGGUCGAAUUUCUCUUUCCAGGCAGAGAGGAGCAAGUUGCGAGAGGAUCUCAGUGAGCUGUGAGGAUGAAGAUCGCAGUGAUUGGUCAGAGUGUUUUUGGGCAGGAGGUUUACAAAGAGCUGAGGAAAGAUGGACACACCAUCGUAGGAGUCUUCACAAUCCCCGACAAGGACGGGAAGGCAGACCCUCUGGCGACGGAGGCAGAGAAAGAUGGCAUUCCCGUCUUUAAGUUCCCUCGCUGGCGGCUGAAGGGCCAGGCCCUCCCGGAGGUGGUGUCCCAGUACGAGGCGGUGGGAGCGGAUCUGAACGUCCUGCCCUUCUGCUCCCAGUUCAUCCCCAUGGAGGUCAUCGAGCGGCCGCAGCACGGCUCCAUCAUCUACCAUCCCUCCCUGCUACCCCGCCACCGGGGGGCCUCCGCCAUCAACUGGACUCUGAUCCACGGGGAUAAGAAGGGAGGGUUCACGGUGUUUUGGGCUGACGACGGUCUGGACACCGGACCCAUCCUCCUGCAGAGGGAGUGUGAGGUGGAGCCCAACGACACCGUGAACACCAUCUACAAGAGGUUCCUGUUCCCCGAGGGGGUCAAAGGCACAGUGGACGCCGUGAGGAUGAUUGCAGAAGGAAAAGCCCCGAAGAUCAUCCAGCCUCAGGAGGGCGCUACAUAUGAGUGCAUCCAGAAGAAAGACAACGCUAAGAUUGACUGGAACCAGUCUGCUGAGGCUCUCCAUAACUGGAUCAGAGGAAACGACAAAGUUCCCGGAGCCUGGGCGGAGGUGGAUGGACAGAAAGUGACUUUCUACGGCUCCAGUCUGGUGGAAAACGGUCCUUCAGCCAACGGUCAGCCUCUGGAGAUCCAAGGAGCUUCUCGGCCCGCCAUCGUCACCAAAGCUGGCCUCGUGCUGUUCGGAAACGACGGCAAGACGCUGCUGGUGAAGAAUCUGCAGUUUGAGGACGGGAAGAUGAUCGCUGCAGCUCAGUUCUUCAGCUCGGGGAGCAGCGCUACUGUGGAGCUCACGGAGGAGGAGAAGACCUUCGCCAAACACAUCAAGGCGGUGUGGCAGAGUAUUCUCUCUAACGUCGCUCAGAUCGAAGACUCCACUGAUUUCUUUAAGUCUGGUGCUGCUUCCAUGGAUGUGGUCAGGCUGGUGGAGGAGGUGAAGCUCCUGUCCAAUGACUGCCAGCUUCAGAACGAAGACGUCUACAUGAACUGCACCUUCACGGACUUCAUCCAGAUGUGUGUGAGGAAGCUGCGAGGGGAAGAUGAUGAGGAGGAGCUGGUCGUAGACUACGUGGAGAAGAACAUCAACAACAUGACCAUCAAGAUGCCUCAUCAGCUGUUCAUUAACGGACAGUUUGUCGAUGCAGAGGGAGGGAAGACCUACAAGACCAUCAACCCCACCGACGGCACGGCCAUCUGUGAGGUUUCUCUGGCUCAGAUCAGCGAUGUGAACACGGCCGUCGCCGCUGCUAAAGAAGCCUUCGAGGAGGGAGAGUGGGGCAAGAUGAACGCCAGAGACCGAGGAAGACUCAUCUACAAGCUGGCUGACCUGAUGGAGGAGCAUCAGGAGGAGCUGGCCACCAUCGAGGCCAUCGACUCUGGAGCCGUUUACACUCUGGCUCUAAAGACUCACGUGGGCAUGUCCAUCCAGACCUUUCGUUACUUUGCAGGCUGGUGUGACAAGAUCCAGGGCAGCACCAUUCCCAUCAACCAGGCGAGACCCAAUCGUAACCUCACCUUCACCAAGAAAGAACCAAUAGGAGUUUGUGCCAUCGUGAUUCCCUGGAACUACCCUCUGAUGAUGUUGGCCUGGAAAACAGCCGCCUGCCUGGCAGCGGGAAACACCGUCGUCCUGAAACCUGCUCAGGUCACUCCACUGACGGCACUGAAGUUUGCUGAGUUGGCGGCGAGGGCGGGGAUUCCCAAAGGAGUCGUUAACAUCCUGCCUGGAUCAGGAGCUCUGGUGGGUCAGCGUCUGUCCGACCACCCUGACGUCCGUAAACUGGGCUUCACAGGUUCCACUGAAGUCGGGAAACACAUCAUGAAGAGCUGUGCCGUCAGUAACGUGAAGAAAGUGUCUCUGGAGCUCGGAGGAAAGUCCCCCCUCAUCAUCUUCAGCGACUGUGACAUGGAUAAGGCCGUGCGCAUGGGCAUGAGCUCCGUGUUCUUCAACAAGGGAGAGAACUGCAUCGCGGCCGGCAGACUGUUUGUGGAAGACUCCAUUCAUGACCACUUUGUGAAGAGAGUGGUUGAGGAGGUGAAGAAGAUGAAGGUCGGUGAUCCUCUGGACCGAUCCACAGACCACGGACCUCAGAACCACAAAGCCCACCUGGACAAACUGGUGGAUUUCUGUCAGACGGGGAUCAAGGAGGGGGCCACGCUGAUUUGUGGAGGAAAUCAGGUGCAGAGACCAGGUUUCUUCUUCGAGCCCACGCUCUUCACCGAUGUUCAGGACCACAUGUUCAUCGCUAAAGAAGAGUCCUUCGGCCCCAUCAUGAUCAUCUCCUCGUUCAAGGGCGGUGAUGUGGACGACGUCCUGAGGAGAGCGAACGCCACAGAGUUCGGCCUGGCGUCGGGGGUUUUCACGCGGGACAUCAGCAAAGCUCUGUACGUCAGCGAGAAGCUGAACGCCGGCACCGUGUUCGUCAACACUUACAACAAGACGGACGUGGCGUCGCCUUUCGGAGGAUUCAAACAGUCCGGAUUCGGAAAAGACCUGGGACAAGACGCUCUGAAUGAAUACCUGAGGACGAAGGCAGUGACCAUCGAGUAUUAAGAAGAAGAGGAAGCGGUGAAAAGUGGAGGAUGGAGUGAUUUCCUCUCAGUAUAAUUGACUGCCUCUCAUUAGUGAAUACUAAUCCUGUGCCUUAACACGAUCAAUCAGUCUAACAAAUGAAUGUUGAGUCCUGAUCCAUGCUGUAGUAAGUACUGUCAUAUAAAUACACCCAAGUGACCUCAGAGACUGUUUGUAAUCAAUGUGAUUUAGUAAGAAAUGGAUGAUGUGAAGCAAGGAGGUCGAAACAUCAGGAUCCUGAUCAACAUGUCGGGUUAUUUUUAUUAUUAACGACCGCUUCGCUGCACAUUAUCCAGUUUAUUACACGGCUAUGUACAAAAUAAACCAACGACUUGUUUCAGGAAUAUUGACAAUUAUUUUUAAAAUGAUCCUAUUCCCUAGUCUGUCUUCUUCUGCUGUUCCCGUUAGUGUUUACUUCCUGUCUGUCUUCUUCUGCUGAUUUCUCUGACGUCCAGCGCUCUGUCUGUGGACAGUUUAGCCGUCAUGAAUCCAAAGUUUCCGGCUCUCCACAAAUAUAAAAAUCUAUUUUCAAAACCUAUUCAUGGUGUUUUCUGAUGGAUAAACUAAUGUUUGUUGUCCACAGCUGACGUUAAAUUGACCGGACUUCUUUAUGCGGAUUGAUAUCACUGCACAUAGUCACUUGAUUCCCCUUGGCAAUGAUCUGUUCUUCUUAGCAACAGUCUCCUAGCGAAAAAUAACAGACUUCUGGAAUGUACAAAUCGACCAAUCGACCAAUCAGAAUCGAGUAUUUGACUAAGCCUUGUAAUAAGUCUAACAGAUGAUUGUUUAGUCCUGAUCCAUGCUGUUGUGAUCUACACCCAAGUGACCUCAGAGGCUGUUAUUAAUCCAUGUGAUUGAGUUACGAAAUGGAAAUAUUUUUAACAGACUGCCUGAGUUUCUGAUAUGGCUUACAUUAGGUCAGAGAAGUAUUAAGAAAUAUAACAUUUCUAACAACAGGUUCUGAAUAAAAACUGAGUCUCAC